UAUCGUGUAGUUCUCGUCUGUUCUUGCAUAAUCACACAGCGCCAACUCAUUCUUUUGAAUCGUGCUCCGAGUAUUCUGUCAUCGCUUAACUUGCAGGCUGUCCACUGGCAUGGGGUCCAUCAAUGCCCCAUUCGUAGUCUUUGGGUACGGCUCACUGAUAUUCAAGCCCCCACCUCAUGUCCUAUCCCAGACCUCCGGAUUCCUAAAAGGCUACGUAAGACGCUUCGCUCAGGAAUCGCAUGAUCAUCGUGGCACACCCGAGAAUCCGGGGCGUGUGGUGACUCUUAUCCACAAGGAGGAUUGGGAUCGCUUUCCCCAAUCUGAUGCAUUCCCGGAUGAAGAUAUUGUUUGGGGCAUAGCGUACACGAUCGACCCGGAAUACGAGGCAGAAGUUAGGGAUUACUUGGAUUACAGAGAAAAGGACGGAUACACAAUGGAGACGCUGCAUGUAUACACCAUAGAGAAUGGGAUAGAACAGAUUGCAAUUCAGGAUGCUUUUUGUUAUGUCGGUCGGCCAGAUAACCCGUCAUUCAUUGGUUCAGAACCAUUAGAGGACUUGGCACAGCGGAUAUGGGCCUCCGUGGGCCCCUCUGGACCGAAUAAGGAAUAUCUAUAUCGUCUGGCGGAAUCAGUCCGUCAGCUUGCACCAGCAUCAUAUGACUCGCACCUGUUUGCUCUUGAGGAACGACUACGAGAGCUCGACAAAACUGCAAAUGUUGAUCAGCUAGUCAGCCAUCUUGUCGUUAGAUAUUACCAACAUGAAGGAGACGUCAGUCAUCUACAUACCUCAGAUACACAGCUGGAAUACAGCACACAUACACUACUCCAACGUUUCUGUACCAUUGCGAUGAGUUAACAGCAAUCAUUUUUCGCAUACAGACACGAGAUGGUGCCCUCAGUCGUCAUUAUAACCUUCUGGGAAUAAGUUCUCCGGAUAUUACACAGUAUUC